AUGCCAGAUGAUCUGCUCGACAAUGAAUCUAUCUUCGAUCUCAACGAACUGUUCACCAGUGCACCGAAACGGAUUCUGGAAGUUGGGUUUUCGUACAUGUCUGGUGACCUGACUGUGAACCAAGACAGAACCCUCGAUUGGACAGAUGAAGCGCGUACUGGUCUGACAAGAGAUCAAUGGGAUGCACUUAAAGGACAGAUUCACAAUGAUCUCCAAGCGUCUACACUACGCGAUGACUUGCUAUGUGAGAUGUUCGAGUCUGAACUGUUUCCAGCAUUCCAGUCAAAGUCUCCCAACACCGAUUCUGACGAAGAGUCCACUGGCAGUUCUCACAACUUGAUCGAGCGUUCCGCACAAGAUACUAGUGAUGUGGAAGAUGAACAGUACAGCCGCUACGGUGACGAAUCUAGUGGUGGUUACAACUUGGUUUAA